GUGGAAGCUGAGAAUAAAGAAGGAGAACAGAGGUAGAAGAAGAUGGAAGUGAACCAAAAUUUGGUUUUGCAUCGCCGGAAAAAUGAAGCUGAAGCAGUUGGAAGGCUUCCUUUCUCAUCUUCAGCAAUUCCCUCACCCUAAGGUGGAGCUUGAACAGUACCCUACGGGACCCCAUAUCGCUUCUCGAAUGCUUUUCACUGCAGAGAAUUCUUUUGAGGAUGUGAGCAACAAAGUUGUGGCUGACUUUGGAUGCGGUUGUGGUACAUUAGGUGUUGCAGCUGCACUUUUGAGCGCAGAACAUGUUCUUGGCAUUGACAUUGAUCCUGAAUCUCUUGAAGUAGCAUCUCUUAAUGCUGAGGAACUUGAGGUGGACAUGGAUUUUAUUCAGUCUAAUGUCUUGGACUUGGGAUGGAGAGGUCCAAUUGUUGAUACAGUUAUAAUGAAUCCUCCAUUUGGUACUCGAAAAAAGGGUGCAGAUUUGGAUUUUCUCCUUGUUGCUUUGAAGGUUGCUUCUCAAGCUGUUUAUUCCUUGCAUAAGACUUCAACAAGAGAUCAUGUGAAACGAACGGCCUUAAGGGAUUUCAAUGCUAGCACUGCUGAAGUUCUAUGUGAGCUUCGAUUUGAUGUACCGAAAUUGUACAAAUUUCAUAAGAAGAAGGAGGUGGAUAUUGCUGUGGACCUCUGGCGUUUUGUACCUGCAAGUCAUCAAAGCAGAAGUAUUUGAUGCAUUCAAGGAUUAUGUGUAUUGGAAUAGAUGAAUAAGAUUACAAACUAAAAGGAAAAUUUUUUAGGUACCUAAAAAUAUAGAAAUCUUAUUUCUGUUCUUUUUUUUUUUUUCCUUCUCUCUCUUUCUCUCUCUCUCUCUCUCUCUCUGUUACAAGCUCUUGCAUGUUAAACUGGGGUGAUGCCACUUCUGUAGUUGUAUGUAUCUAUAAAUUCAAUAGUUG